UCUUCAUUUGCAUGUAGAUCCUCUUACCAUGCUUUAGUGGUGUCAUGUACUUAACAAAAUCAUUAACUUGCAAAUUCCCAAAAUUCAUUUCUAAAAACUUAGUAUGUAGUAAAUGUUUAAAAAAAACUGAAGAGUUGUCUUGAUACUGAAUUCUCCCAUUGUUUUAUGAUGGAUGACCGCCUCUUAUGGUACAUUGACACAACUGAGUGCAUACAGGCAUGACAGAGUGAUGGUUAAAAAUAAUGUUGAUAUUGUCCACAGGCAAACCAGAAUGUCCUGCUCACAGUAGCUGGACAGACUGUGGAUCCGCCUGCCCUGCAUCAUGUGACAUGCUUGGUUCUGACGUCAUCUGCACAGCAGUUUGUAUCCCUGGCUGCCAAUGUGAUGAUGGGUACGUGCGGGAUGGACUGAUGAACUGUGUGCCAAAGGAACAAUGCUACAAUAGUGGCUGCAACCACAAUGGCAAUCAUUAUGAUGAGGGAGUGACAUGGGCUGAUCAGGUGUCCCCUGGACAUAACUGUGAAUGCCUCCAAUCAGAAGCGCUCUGCCUUGUCGUUGACUGUAAACCUGGCUACCAGCAUGUCAUCGGGCCAGAGGGAUCCUGGACAUGCCAGCAAAUCAAUCUACAGUGCACCUCUGGUUAUCAACUGUUCAGAGACGUAUGCUACAAGGUAUUUGACACUACGCUGGACUACCAAGAGUCGGAAGCUGUGUGUAGAGAAGACGGUGGUAUGCUGGCGAUGCCGCGGGACCAGGCCAUUGACAACUUCCUCAUCCAGCUGAGAUCAUCCGUCAACCCAGACGUUAGGUACUGGAUAGGACUGACAGACAGGAGGAUGGAAGGAGUAUGGACUUGGGCAGAUGGACAGCGACUUGGUGCCUACUCCAGUUGGGCACUAGGGGAACCGAAUAGCGCGGGUGAUGAGGACUGUGCACUUUACGCAGCUCAUCCAGACAGUAAGGACAAGUGGAAUGAUGUGGCCUGCUUCUAUCCCUACCGAUUCAUCUGCCAAAAGCCAGCUAUGGUUGCACCAGUUGUUACUGAAAAAACAACUAUGAAGACACCUGUGCAGCAGCCAGUGUCUUCACCGAACUGCCCCACCAGCUACAGUGAGUUCAUGGGGAGGUGCUACAGCCUGUCUACGGUGCUAGCGACCGAGGGGAGAGCUGAACACAUCUGUGCAGAGCAGGGAGCCCAGCUGGUGGUGCACGAUCAGGAUCCCUAUUGGCCAGAAUUCCUAAUGGCUGAGCUGAAUGCUCUGAAUGGAGAGGCAACUACCUUCCAGUACUGGACGAACGAGCCAGACCAUUUGAGUCAACUUGACCUGAUCCGCCACACCCUCAAGUUUGGCAGCCCUGCCAAUGCAUGCUGGGUCAGGGACCUGUUCCAGAGAACUCCUGUGGCAGUGAACUGCUCUGCUCCGCACAACUUUAUCUGCGAGCAAGACAUGAAUACAGCCAUAGAAGCCGGUGAACAGGAGCUUACAUCUAUUGUGGGAUACCCAUCACCUGAAGUUGCUCCAUAUGACACCAUGAAAGAGCCACGGCUGGAUACUGGUGAUCCAUCUCUGGCAGAUCUGAUGGAGAGCAACGACAACACAGAAGAUCCAGCCCUACUUGAAGAUCCCAAGCAAGAGGCAGACCAGGACACUGGUGAUUCAAUGAUGUCACUCAUGGACAAGAUCAAAUACUCAAUUGCAUAAAAUGCCAGAGUUGCCAUCAGCUUGAUUACCAUUUGAUUGAAAAAGACCUUGCAACAAAUUCUCAAAGACAUCUACUCACAGUCACAUCACAAAUUUGUUCCAAGUUUAGAGAUUUUUUCAGUCAAUGCAUUGACAAAAAAUGUCAAAAUCUUAAAUGAGAUGACUAAUUAUGUGUAAGGUUUUCGGACUAUCUAUGAUGGAAAUUUUUUCAGUCUAUUAACCGAAUCAGAAUUUUUUUCAAUUAUAACAAAUUUUGCAAAAUUUGCACCACAUUUGAGCCAGUAGCUAUGGAAAAGUGACACUA